GCGCUGUAGGCAAGCUCCGGCCGUCGAAGGAGCUUUUAGGCGGGUGGGAGGAGCCAUUUUGGUCAUUUGUUGUGAGGUGAAAGGAGAGUCUCACCGUCUCGUGCUGAGGGGAAGGGUAUGAACUGAGGUGAUGGAGCCGCCGGCCGGCUUGAGACGGCGACAGAGGAAGCGGCUCUUCACGGCGGAGGCGGCCUCCUUCCCGCUGGCCCUUCUCCUCCUCCUCCUCUUCUGCUCGCCUCACGGCGCCGGCUGCCUGCCUCGGGGGCACCCGCGGGGGGGAGGAAGAGGAAGGUCCCCUGGGCCCCCGGUCGUGCUGGUGCCGGGAGAUUUGGGUAACCAGUUAGAAGCUAAGUUGGACAAACCGUCUGUGGUGCACUAUGUCUGCUCCAAGAAGACAGACAGCUACUUCACGUUGUGGCUCAACUUAGAACUGCUGCUUCCUGUUGUUAUUGAUUGUUGGAUAGAUAAUAUCAGGCUAUCGUACAAUCGAACAAGUAGAACCACUGUGCCACCAGAUGGGGUGGAUAUCAAAGUACCUGGAUUUGGACAGACUUUUUCCUUGGAGUUCCUUGACCCCAGUAAAAGAAGUGUUGGUACCUACUUCUAUACACUGGUGCAGAAUCUGGUAGACUUGGGCUAUCAACGAGAUGAGGAUAUUAGAGGCGCUCCCUAUGACUGGCGGAAAGCACCAAAUGAGAAUGAAGACUACUUUGUGGCCCUCCGGAAGCUGAUAGAGACCAUGUAUGAAGAGUAUGGGGAACCAGUGGUUCUAAUUGCCCACAGCAUGGGAAAUAUGUACGUUCUUUACUUCCUCAGCCAUCAGCCUCAAGACUGGAAAGACAAAUACAUAAGGGACUUUGUGUCACUGGGCGCCCCAUGGGGAGGAGUGGCAAAAACGCUUCGUGUACUAGCAUCAGGUGACAACAACCGGAUCCCUGUCAUCAGCUCCCUUAAGAUCAGAGACCAGCAGAGAUCUGCAGUUUCAACCAGCUGGUUGCUUCCUUACAACUACACCUGGUCUUCAGAGAAGAUUCUCAUCAGCACGCCAUCUGCUAACUACACUCUCCGGGAUUACCAAAAGUUUUAUGCAGACAUUGGUUUUGAGGAUGGCUGGCUCAUGAGAGCAGAGACCGAAACCUUGGUUUACGAGAUGACUCCUCCAGGGGUGCGCAUACACUGUCUCUAUGGCACUGGGGUGGAGACCCCAGACUCAUUCUUCUAUGACACCUUUCCAGACAAGGAGCCUAAGAUCUUCUAUGGUGAUGGGGAUGGAACUGUGAAUUUGCAAAGUGCCUUGCAGUGUCAGAAGUGGGUAGGCCAGCAGAAACAGAAGGUGAUACUCUAUGAGCUUCCAGGGAGUGAGCACAUUGAAAUGCUUUAUAAUUCCCUAACAAUUUCCUAUGUAAAAAAGGUUCUGUUUGGUUUGUGACACAGUACAGAACAUCCCCUUUCUACAUGACAGUUGAGGGUCCUUUUAAGGGGGGGAGGAAGAAUGGGUAGUUCACACCCCCUGUUUAAAGCCUGCUUGGCUUAUUUGGGCCUUGUUGGAAAUGGUGAUGUCAAUGAUCACUUGUCUCUUUGAUUAGUGCUCAUAGUACACUGUGGUGUCCUACAUCCGGAAGGCUAAUCUCAGCUGCAUUUAGUGCAAGCUCAGUGUCCAUCUGUGUAAAGAAUGUGCUAUGCUUAUUUUUCUCUGGGAUGUGGGGAAGAGUAUCCUAUAAUAUAAAAAGAACAUUAGGACUUAGCAUAACUUCUCUGAAGGGUCACAAAUGCUGGAUCAUUGUUCCCAGCAAGGAAGUUGGUAUUAAGUGAAGUCCCAGCAGCAGCUAUUUGAAAUUACAUUAAGUUGGUGAUACCCAGCCAGACAUGUAUUGCUCUUGAGAAGAUACAGUAUAUCUUGGAGCUCCUGAUAAAGUCUCCUUUAGCUUGAGCAAGGGCCUUGCCUGAGCAAGGUGGAGGUCAAAGGCUGAAGAUAGCAAGGUUUUCUUUACUGGUGUAACGUGGAGAUUUCCGGUUGGCUGUAGAAUUAAGUAUUGACAGACUAUAGUAGCACCAUCCUGCAGAAGAUGGUUUUCUAUUUUGUUGUGAUCAGCUGACUGCCUCUUGAACACUUGACAACCACUGCUUUGUUCAGAGCCCAGUGCUGUGGCAAGCGCUGUUUUAGCCAGAUGCCUUCUUUCUGUGAUCUGGAGUGUCUGAAACACAGGCUGCCUUCCAGGAACACUUGUAGAACAAAAUAACAGCCAGACUGCUCUUGGUACUGGAGCCUUUCUUUUGGGUGGAGCUUGUAGUAAAGCUAACUCUUCUCAGAAAUGCUGGUUUUGUACUAGGCUAUAAUACCAUCAUGAAGUCUCCUUUUCUUGUACUAUAACCUUCUUCCUGGGUGUUCUGGCUCCUUAUCCCCUGUAGGGGAUCAAGCCUUGUACCAUAGGGGAAAAUGACGUGGUACAAAACUGCUCAUGUUCCUGAUUCAGAACUAUAAUGUGGAACCGCAAUUACAGAAAGUGCCCCUAGAAAAAGGCAUCAACCUUCCUCUGGGACAGCACUGUGCAGACAGCAAGGAAGCUCAAAGUGACCUCACGAUUGCCAACAUAGCAGUUGACAGGCAAUCUGUUGACAAUCUCUCCUCCUGGAGCAAGUGAAUUACAGAGUUCAUGCUAGUUCUGUCCUUCCAAAUAACAGCUUGUGACCAUGUUCUUUAUUAACUAACCAGCAAAAGCAUCCAGCAAUUCCACAACACAAGCAAACUGUCCUGCCUUGAGCUUAGCAUAUCAUUGGGGUAUGGGUUGCUCUAUAGUUAUCUGUGCCUGGUUAGUGCCUGUGUUGGAACCCGAAAGGGAAGGUAUUUCAAUCAGUGACUUCACCAGGGGUGCUUGUAACACAAGGCUUGCUUGAGAUUUGUGCCAAAUACUUUGUUCGGAGUAACUUCUACUGAGUCUGACCCCUCAGUCAGCAAGUACACAGAACAACAGAUGUGAACACUUCUACAGUUUUUAUGUUUCUAAUUUUCAGGCCUUGCUCUGGCUAGACAGAUAAAGAGAGCAUGUGCAAUCUGCAGUGAUCGCUCACCAUCUGAAAGCAUAUUUCUUACUGGUAUUAUGAAACAUUUUUAUAUAUAUUCAAGCUUUAAAAUUUUUGAAAUCGUGGACUGUUACAUUGUCGUUUUAGCACAAUAUUGGUCCUUCAAGAAACAAGAUGUUUUAAAAAUUUAAACUAUUUAUUGCCUUACGGAAUGUGCAAUCCUAUUCAUUCAACUUCCUGUUUUACAGUAAUGCCAGUGACCACUUUAAACAAAGCCACUGGCAGUCACUAUGGGCGUGGCAAUAACAGAAAUGUCUGAAAGUUUCCAGCAGACAUUCUUCCAUGCCUCACACCUUGAGAUUGUCAGUCUUUGAAUUUUCAGCAUGAUUCUGUUUUGCUUUUUUCUGUAGCUGCAAGCUUUAUUUUGGCAAGGGUUUGGUUGCAAAUGUAACUUGUUAAACUGGCCCUGCAACUAAUUAUAGUUGUAAAAUUGGUUUCAUCUUGUUUUUUAAGAUAGACCCCAUCCUGCUUUUGUCUGUUUUAUGGCCCCAAAGUACCUUUAUGCUUGAUGCCAUAUGAAUGGCUGGAACUAAUUUUUUUCUCUUCAAAGAGUGUAAUGGGGUUCUUUUUCUAUGCAGCGUUAUUCCUUAUUCCUUGGCCUCACAUCCACAAGGUAAAUUCCCAUACUGGCACACCAUCACUUUUGUGAUAGGUUCUGAAGGCCAGGGCUUGCCUAAAUUGUCUGUCACAGCAGAGAACUGGAAGCAAGGGAGUGACAUCUCUUCAGAGACAUGAUAAUGUACGCUUUAUUUAUAUAGUGUUGUCAGUGUGUAUGGUACUGAACAGUGGAGCAUAAGCCAAAAGACAGGCCACUGACUCUUGAGGUGCUUCCACAGAGUGAGAGGAGGAAGAUGGGAGGAGAUGGCAUAAAGAAUGUAUUCAGUUACUCGUGCUUUGGCUUAGUUUCAGUUGGGGAUGAGGACUAGGGUUAAACCAAAGGCCACAUGUAUGUUCAUAGUGCAUUACUACUGAUGUGUGCCAUCUGUGUUUUGGCCUUUCAUCAUCUUGUCCAACUGUAGCUGGUAACUGACAUCUAUUGCUGUGACUCCCAUGUUCACUUGUGCCCUGUAACACUUAUUUGUGUCCCUUCUACAUUUCAAUCUUAUGACACAGUGCUAUCAAAAUUUCACCUCUUCAUGUCUCCCUUCUCAUCUGUCCAGAUCUUUCUUGCAGUCCACCCUGUUGGUUCCAGGUCACUUACAGUUUAUUUAAUACUUGUGCCAGCUGGCUGCCAUCGAGUUAAAUAGGGCCAAGGAUCAUUAGGUAUCCCUCUAGUGCUUCUGCUGGUAACAUGACUGUUUUCCUCUAGUAAAUUUGGCUCAGUAUCAUUUAGUGGCUUUUUUUCUUUCAUUUUUAUUCUGUAACAGGUGUGAAUGGAAAAAGCUCUCCUGGAUUAUCUUUUGCCAUUUAUACCUGCCACUUAACAUUGUGAAUGAUGGCGAUUCACAAAUCCAGGUCUGAAAUAUUAAGUAUUACUUAAGCUCCCGGUAGAUCCUGGCCAGGUCACACAAACUGUGCAUCUAAUUUCAGGAAACCCAUGUUUCCCAAAGAGCAAUGUCCCUGUGUCUCCAUGUGAAACGGGAGUUUUAAACCAUUUAUAUUUAGCUCGGAAACUGACUAUUUAAAGAGUCAAAUUUCCACUGAGCAUACAGUCCUUUUUGGUGAUCCUAAAAUGUAUCUCUUUGGAUUCUGGUUGCUGCUGUCCAUCUGCAAAAGCACACGAGGGACACAUUCUGCAACAGCUUGCGAUUUACAAAAUAUCUUGGAGUUCCCAGUUGUUACAGAUUUGUCCAGUACUUAUAUCCGUACAACUUUAUCCCUGAGUGUUUUUCAAAAACCAAAAUACUUCUAAGGACCAAAUGUACUAUUUCUGACAUGUAGUGAGUGCUGGAUGGGACUUCAGCCCCUUUUAAAUAUAUACAUACAGCUGCUGCUGCUGCAGGUUUCAGGGCUACUAUGUGAUUCUGCUAGAAAGAGUAGAUUUCACUACUGAGCAAUAAGUGAAAAGGAGUUUGCAGGCCAAAGUCAAUAAAUUCUUGCCAUUAAGCUAGAUUGUGGAGUGCAUAGUGUUUGAGAUGUUCAGAAAUUCAGGGACUGAGCAAUUACACUGCUGUUCUCUGCUUAACAGUAUUUUGUAUAGAACACUGCCUGGUAAGGCUAUUGUUUUUAUACACACCUUCCUCUUUGUGAAUGAGUUCAGUAGAUUUUUGCAUAUUUGAUUAUCAUACUUUGAUAAUGUAAUAAAGUGAAUCAAAUGCUUAA